AAUUAAUUAAAUUUUUGACUAGGCAAAAUAUUCAAGCAAAAAGAUCAGUAAGGACAAGAAAAGAACAUGGGCUUUUUAAGUCCAGUACAUGUCCUUUUCUUCUGUUUUGGAGUUAGAGUAUACUGUCAAUAUGAAGCUUACCAAUGGGAUGAAGAUUAUGACCAAGAGCCAAAUGAGGAUUAUGAGCCAGAAUUCCAAUUUCAUCAAAAUAUUGAAUAUGGAGUUCCCUUUUAUCAGAAUAUUUUAGGUUGUGCUAAGGAAUGCUUCUGUCCAACUAACUUUCCAACAUCAAUGUACUGUGACAAUCGGAAACUCAAGACUAUCCCAAAUAUUCCAAUGCACAUUCAGCAACUCAACCUUCAGUUCAAUGACAUUGAGGCUGUGACUGCAAAUUCAUUCAUCAAUGCAACUCAUCUUAAAGAAAUUAACCUUAGCCACAACAAAAUUAAAUCUCAAAAUAUUGACUAUGGUGUGUUUGCUAAACUUUCAAAUCUACAACAACUUCAUCUAGAGCACAAUAACUUAGAAGAAUUUCCCUUUCCACUUCCUAAAUCUCUGGAAAGACUCCUUCUGGGUUACAAUGAAAUCGCCACACUUCCAACAAAUGCCAUGGAUGGGCUGGUCAACGUGACUAUGCUGGAUCUCUGCUAUAAUCAUCUUUCUGAUUCGAUGUUAAAAGAAAAGAGCCUUUCCAAAAUGAAAAAAUUAAUGCAGCUCAACCUAUGUAACAACAGAUUAGAAUCAAUGCCCCCUGAAUUGCCUUCAUCACUUAUGUAUUUAUCUUUAGAAAAUAAUUCAAUUUCAUCUAUACCAGACAAUUAUUUUGACAACCUCCCAAAACUUCAUGCUCUAAGAAUAUCACACAACAAACUGGAAGAUAUUCCAUAUGACAUCUUUAAUCUUUCCAAUCUUAUAGAACUCAAUGUUGGACACAAUAAGUUGAAGCAAGCAUUCUACAUUCCAAGGAAUUUGGAACAUCUAUACCUACAAAAUAAUGAAAUAGAAAGCAUCAAUGUGACAAUGAUGUGUCCUUCUCCUGAUCUACUACAUCAUCACCAUUUAACAUAUCUUCGUGUGGACCAAAAUAAGCUGAAAGAACCAAUAAGUUCAUAUAUCUUCUUCUGCUUCCCUCGUAUACACAGUAUUUAUUAUGGUGAGCAGAGGAGCACUAAUGGUGAAACAAUUCACCUGAAGACCCAAGUUUUCAGGAGCUACCAAGAGGAGGAGGAGGAAGACUACCAUGACAGUCAGGACAAUACUCUUGAGGGUCAAGAAGUAUCAGAAGAGCACUUAAAUUCUCAUUACUAUGAAAUGCAAGAGUGGCAAGAUACUACAUAAGUACACAUUUAUGACUCCAUAAAGCCUAAUUACAAAUAUAAACAUAUAACUGCUCAUAAUAAUAGAUCUAGAAGUAUGUGUUAGUCUAAAGAUUAGAACAUGUUGGUGAGAAUGGCUUUAUUUCAUAGGCGUAGAGCUUACUAAAAUGAUACAAUCUUAAUAAAUAUAAAAUAGAAUGGUAAGUAGGAAUAAAAAAAACUAAGCUCAAAAGGUUUUGUAUAUUCUUUAAACUUAGAAAUAGUACCAUGCAAAAACAUAUAAGGGCCAGCAAUACAGGUCAGCAGAUAAAGUAUUUACUACCAAGCCUGAUGUUUUUGAGUAGAGAGACCCAACUCCUGAAGGUUGUCAAGGUUUCCUCUGGCCACAUGUGUGGUGACAUGUAUGUUCUUGACAAUGACAAAGAUAAAUUACAUAAAAUCCUCUGAGUAUGCCACUUCCAGUGAUAGACUUUUUCCUAGGGAUAAUCAAGUAAGUAACAAUGACUGUGAAGACAACAGCUGUCAUCUCCACCUGAAGGGGACACGAGAAAACGGGAGAAUGUUAACAGUAGUCUUUCACUCAAGAAAGAUCACUUUUAGUGACUUUCACACUUGUAUUUUUUUCUUUUCUUCCUCUCCUCUUUCUUUCUUUCUUUCU